AUGAUGACUUUUUAUAGUUGCUGUUUGAUUCUCUUGGCAUUUACCUGGAACACCUCUGCCUACGGACCAAACCAAAGGGCGCAGAAGAAGGGAGACAUUAUUCUUGGGGGACUGUUCCCCAUUCAUUUUGGAGUGGCUGCCAAAGACCAGGAUUUAAAAUCUAGGCCAGAAUCAGUGGAGUGUAUAAGGUAUAAUUUCCGAGGUUUCCGGUGGUUGCAGGCUAUGAUCUUUGCCAUAGAGGAAAUAAACAGUAGCCCAACCCUCCUUCCCAACAUGACCUUGGGAUACAGGAUAUUUGAUACCUGCAACACUGUCUCCAAAGCCCUGGAGGCCACACUGAGUUUUGUGGCCCAGAACAAGAUAGACUCCCUGAACCUGGAUGAGUUCUGCAACUGCUCAGACCACAUCCCUUCUACCAUUGCAGUAGUGGGGGCAACCGGCUCUGGGAUCUCCACCGCAGUGGCCAAUCUGCUGGGACUCUUUUACAUACCUCAGGUCAGUUAUGCCUCAUCCAGCCGACUUUUGAGCAACAAAAACCAAUUCAAGUCUUUCCUCCGCACGAUCCCUAAUGAUGAGCACCAGGCCACUGCAAUGGCAGAUAUCAUUGAGUACUUCCGGUGGAACUGGGUGGGAACAAUUGCAGCUGAUGAUGACUAUGGUCGGCCAGGGAUUGAGAAGUUCCGGGAGGAGGCAGAGGAAAGGGACAUCUGCAUUGAUUUCAGUGAGCUCAUUUCCCAGUACUCAGUGGAGGAGGAGAUCCAGCAUGUGGUGGAGGUCAUCCAUAACUCCUCUGCUAAAGUGAUUGUUGUCUUCUCCAGUGGACCGGACCUGGAACCCCUCAUCAAGGAGAUAGUCAGGCGUAACAUAACUGGCAAGAUCUGGCUGGCAAGUGAGGCUUGGGCCAGCUCUUCCCUGAUAGCCAUGCCAGAGUUCUUCCAUGUCAUUGGAGGUACCAUUGGGUUUGCACUGAAGGCAGGGCAGAUCCCGGGCUUUCGUGAGUUUCUACAGAAAGUGCAUCCCAAGAAAUCUACCAACAAUGGCUUUGCCAAGGAGUUUUGGGAGGAGACCUUUAACUGCUACCUCCCGGAAGGGUCCAAUAAGAAUCACCCAGCUUCAGCCUCUUUCCACAAGGGCCACGAAGAAGGAAGUGGAGUUGGAAAUAGCACAGCUGCCUUCCGACCCCCAUGCACAGGGGAGGAGAACAUCACCAAUGUAGAGACGCCAUACAUGGACUAUACACACCUGCGGAUAUCUUAUAAUGUGUACUUGGCAGUGUACUCCAUUGCUCAUGCUUUGCAGGAUAUAUACACAUGUACCCCCGGAAAAGGCCUCUUCACCAAUGGAUCAUGUGCAGACAUUAAGAAGGUUGAGGCAUGGCAGGUACUGAAGCAUCUGCGUCAUUUAAAUUUCACCAGUAACAUGGGGGAGCAAGUGGAUUUUGAUGAGUCUGGGGACCUAAUAGGGAAUUACUCGAUAAUCAAUUGGCACCUGUCACCAGAAGAUGGCUCCAUCAUGUUUGAGGAGGUCGGACAUUACAAUGUUUAUGCCAAGAAGGGAGAGAGGCUCUUUAUCAAUGAAAACAAAAUCCUGUGGAGUGGAUUCUCCAGGGAGAUGCCAGUCUCUAACUGCAGCACGGAUUGCCUCCCAGGUACCAGAAAAGGUAUCAUCGAGGGAGAGCCCACCUGUUGCUUUCAAUGCGUGAAAUGCUCUGACGGGGAAUACAGUGAUGAAACAGAUGCGAGUACUUGUAAGAAGUGCACCAAGGAUUUCUGGUCCAACGAAAACCACACAUCCUGCAUCCCCAAGCAGAUAGAGUUCCUGUCCUGGACAGAGCCCUUUGGAAUAGCUCUUACUCUCUUUGCUGUGCUGGGAAUUUUCCUGACCUCUUUUGUUCUGGGGGUCUUCACCAAAUUCCGCAAUACACCCAUUGUCAAGGCCACAAACCGCGAGUUGUCCUACCUCCUCCUGUUCUCCCUGCUGUGCUGUUUCUCCAGCUCACUAUUCUUCAUUGGCCAGCCUCAGGAUUGGACUUGCCGUUUGCGGCAGCCAGCCUUUGGUAUCAGCUUUGUCCUCUGCAUCUCCUGCAUCCUGGUAAAGACCAAUCGCGUCCUGCUGGUUUUUGAAGCCAAGAUCCCUACAAGCCUCCAUCGCAAAUGGUGGGGCCUCAACCUGCAGUUCCUUCUGGUCUUCUUGUGUACUUUUGUGCAGAUCAUCAUCUGUGUGAUCUGGCUCUACACAGCUCCCCCUUCCAGCUACCGGAACCAUGAGUUGGAGGAUGAGAUCAUCUUCCUCACCUGCCAUGAGGGCUCCCUGAUGGCUCUGGGCUUCCUGAUUGGUUACACCUGCCUCCUGGCUGCCAUCUGCUUCUUCUUCGCUUUCAAAUCUCGGAAGCUGCCAGAGAACUUCAACGAGGCCAAGUUCAUCACCUUCAGCAUGCUGAUCUUCUUCAUUGUCUGGAUCUCCUUCAUACCUGCCUAUGCCAGUACCUAUGGCAAGUUUGUCUCAGCAGUGGAGGUGAUUGCCAUCCUGGCUGCCAGCUUUGGGCAGUUGGCCUGCAUCUUCUUCAACAAAGUCUACAUCAUCCUCUUUAAGCCUUCCCGCAACACCAUCGAGGAAGUGCGCUGCAGUACAGCUGCACAUGCCUUCAAAGUAGCAGCCAGGGCCACACUGAGACGUAGCAACGUGUCACGCAAGAGGUCUAACAGUUUAGGUGGUUCCACGGGCUCUACCCCAUCAUCCUCCAUGAGUAGCAAGAGCAACCAUGAAGACCCCUGUCCUCUGCCUACCUCCACAGAGCGGCAGCAGCAGAAGCGUGGAUGCAAGCAAAAAGUCAGCUUUGGCAGUGGGACUGUCACCCUGUCAUUGAGCUUUGAGGAGCCCCAGAAGAACUCUGUGGCCAACAAGAAUGCCAAGCACAGGAACUCCCUAGAAGUCCAAAACAGUGAUGACAGCCUGAUGCGGCACAAGGCCCUGCUUCCCCUACAGAACAGUGAACCCCUAGGUGUAGAGCCUGGCUUCCAGGCACCUUCAAGACAAGAGUCAAGCUUACAGGAGUCAGGAGUGGGAGAAACCAAACAAGAGGUGCAAAUCCCAGAAGAGCCUCCUCUGCCGUCAGCAAAUUCCCAGAAUUUUAUAGGUAGUGGAGGUGGCUCCAUCAUAGAGAACACAAUACAUUUUUAA